AAUAAACACUUAUAAUAUAACUUAGAAAACAAGGGGGGGGGGGGGUUGGAUGAAAAGUAAGUAUUUUUUGGUUUUUUAUUUUCUUAUUUGUUUGGUUUUUUUGAUAAAAUGGGGGAAAACAAGCUCUAAAGAUAUUCAACUUCUCCAACUAAAGUAAACCCAAAAAAACACCACCAAGAACCCGAAACAAAAUGAAAAAGAGAACAAACACAAAUCAAACAUUACACGUAUAAUAGGCACGUAGACAAUAUAUUACGUAACUUACGCACUUAAGAAUAGAAAAAAUCAAUCAAAGACCGAGUCAAUUCAUUUCCUUAACCACGAUAUGUAGGACUGUCAACUCUCCACACGGCCCGGAGUCAUGCAAUUCAAAGGCCCGUUUUGAAAUAUACCUUAGAACCCCAACUCUCUAUUCAAGCAUGAGAACAUACUUCCACUAUAAAAAAAAUUUAUAAAAGAGAGAAUCUAUUAUCCAUUCAACUCUCAUACAUAAUCUAUUCAGAAACCGCCAAUACCUUAUGCAUUUUAACAAAUUUUUUCUCCUAAUGAUGAGCACAUUACACAGAUUUCCAUGAACUUCUCAAACCAAUGACGUUUUUUCUAUUCACAUAAAUGAACACAACAUAUUUUCAAUAAAUCAAAAAUUGUUUUUGAGCUUAAACAACCCCAACUUAAUGAAAAUGACAAACAAACACAUGAAAACAUAAUAAUCACUCAAUAACGAAUUUUAAGGAUAAUGAAUCAACUUAUGGGGCUAAGAAGUCCAAAAUUCUUAAAAUCAACAAACACAAGUCACAAAAAAGAUUCACGUAUGAAUUCGGAGUUCAUUUAACUACCUUAUGGAGCUAAAAUAGCUUCAACAAAAACCGAAUUCCACAUACCAACCUACUUAUGAAAUCAAAUUAUACAAUUCAACCAAUUCAACAACACUUGCUCAAUAAUUGAAGAAAAACUAGUUUGAAUCAAUUCUCAUUCAUAAGGGAUUUAAUAUAAACAUAAAAAAAACCCAUAAAGAACACCAACCAUUUUUGGAAUAUUUGGAACAAACACAACAAACAAAAAAUGUAAAAUUAAAUAAAAAACAAACUUUUACAUAGAAUUGGGGAAGAAAAGAUAAAAUUGACAAAUAAGAGUUACCAAUUGUUGAAGAAGAUGAACUAAUUGAAGAAAUUGGAGCUGUGAUGGAGGAACAACUGGAGCUGGAGCUGCUGCGCGUCUGCCGGCCGUUCGCCGCGCCGCCUUCCACCAUCGCCGGCGACCACCAUAGCAGCGGCCAAGCCGCUGCUUUAUUCUCGUGUUUUUUUUCCUUUUCUUGUUGCAAUUCAUCUUCAGUUUAUAGGAGAUUAAGAGUGAACGACCUUCAAUUUCUUCCCAUUGGAGCGUGUGGGCGAAUUGAAUGGAGAGACGUUGGAGAAGAUAUGCGUUGAAUGCUUCGCCGGUCGAACAUGGAGCGUUUACUUCGCAGUUGCCAUGAAGAAGAAGUUGCGUUUCUUUUUUUUUUUUCUUUCUUGUGCGAAUCAGGAGAGCAAUGGAUGGGCCAAUUAACUUGUUUUGAUGAUGGGUUUGGGCUCUGGCCCAAAUUCAAUCUCCUUUUUCCAAACUUGAAUUGCAAUUUGGUCUUUUGCUACACUUUUCACCAAAAAAUAAGAUAUCUGAUAAUUUUGGGUUAGGAAAAAUAAAAAUAAUAGAAUGUAAAAAAAAUGAUUAAAAAAACUACUAUUUAUGAAAGAAAAUAAAAGAUUGUAAGAAUU